GAGGGCAAGGUGGAGGGUGAUGAAGUGGGGUUGGGGGCCUCACUUUCAGUCAGAAUUGCAUGAGAGCCUGAGAGCCUGAGAGCUCGGUUUCUAUUGCACUGGAAACAAAUAUUCAGCUCAACCUUUCUCAAAUCCAUGCCACCUCUAACAAAAAGAAAGAAUUUGGGUGAUUUCACAUUCUCACAAUCCCACUUUCCCACGAGCAAAAAUACAAAAAUAUGGCUGCCACUAGUAUGUCGAUACUGGAUGAACCCGUCGACUAUCGCGACCUGAAGGAAUGGAUCGCGGAGCAGGAGCGGAACCCGAAACCGCUUUCACCACUUCAACAACGGGCCAUUUCCGAUCUUAGACGCUCGAUAGAGCCUGAGAUUGGCAACCGCGAUUGGGUCAGCCUGAUGAAUCGAUACACCCAAGCCCACGGUGGCACACCCGCCUUCAUCGACGAGCCGGCCCCGGAAGAGAGAUGGACCUACCGCUGCCUCUUCAAGCCGACCGCCGACGCCGAGCAAAUGGCCUUCCCCAACCCGGAAGCGGGCUUCACCCCCAACGAGCAGGGCAUCCCCGCGGCCCCUAGCUUCAGCCGCAAGAAGGACGCCAAACAGUACGCCGCCAAGUGCUGCAUCGAAUGGCUCAUGAACGGCGGCUACAUGCCGACGGACGGCACGAGCGUCGAGUUCCCCAAGCCGCUCCGGACAUCCAGACACGCCACCAGCACACCCACCCCCGCCCCAGCCGCGAAGAAACCCAAGCGAGACAACCCGGAUGCCAACCCCGACAACCGCGCCCAAAGAAGAGCCGCCGCCGCCGCCGCCCUCGCCGCCGACGACAACAACAACGAUAACAGCGACAGCAACGACGACGACGACCCGCCCGCCACAAAACGCGUCGAAGAGAAAUGCCGCCUCCUCAACUUCGCCAUCCCCCACUACAAGAUCACCCCCUCCCUCCUCCCCACCGACAGCACCACCACCACCGAAAGGGAAACGGCAUCAUUCACGACGCCCUCGAACCCGCAAUUCUUCGACGGCCGCGCCGACUUCGGCGCCGACGCCAUCAAGGUGCCCGAGGGGCUGGGGCGCGUGACCAACGUGUAUGGCCGGCGGAACGCGCGGGAGAAGGCCGCCGAGGAGGUGCUGGUGUGGUUGUUGGCCGAGGAGGGAAGGCGGCUGGCCGAGGUGGAUGAGAUGAUGGCGAUGGUGGGGGGGCCGGAGCCGUUGCCGCAGGCGGGGGAGGCGUAG